ACAGCGCAGUGGAGAAUCAGAGGAGGAGCGGAGCGGAGCGCUCGAGGGUUCUCAGCAGCGCUCGCGUGCACCAUUCGGUGAUUAUCAGUGACAGUAACAUUAUCAGUGUCCUCACCGCGAGUUUCCUGCCGAAGUCUCGCGCGCGUGGAGCCGAACCCGCGUUAACUUCACUCAGCGGGUUUGCGUUUUGUUUUUGUUUCUUUUUUAAUUUAUUGCUUAUUAUUACUGCUGCUUUGAUGGCUCGUGCGUCCUGAGGCGCCCCUGCACGUGCAUGCGGAUGGAGUCCCGCCGGAGCGCGAGGGCUUAUGGGAUAUAGUAGUAGCGGGGGUCCUGCGGGCGCGGGUCCUGGGCGGCGCAGCAGGCAGCUCGCGCUGGCGGGCAGCAGCAUGCUCGCGCUGUGGCUCUACGCGCUCUACUCGUGCGCGGGACACUGCGCCACCGCGCCAGCGCACGAGCGCGCGGCACCUCCUGUCGCCGCCGCCGUCGCCUCCUCCGCCAGGCUGCGCGCACGACCCGAGCUCUACUACUACGACAGCGCGAGCGAGAAUAACAAUAAUAUCAAUGACAAUAACGUCGAAAGCGCAGGAGAGAUGGAGCGCGGCGCGAGCGCGCUGUCCAGCCUCGCGAGCGGAGCGGGCUUCAGGCGCCUGCCCCAGGCCCUCAUCAUCGGCGUGAAGAAAGGAGGCACGCGCGCGCUGCUCGAGUUCCUCCGCGUGCAUCCAGACGUCCGCGCGGUGGGAGCGGAGCCGCACUUUUUCGACCGAAACUACCAGAACGGACUGCAGUGGUACAGAGACCUGAUGCCCAAGACCUUGGAGGGUCAGAUCACCAUGGAGAAAACCCCCAGCUACUUUGUGACCCGUGAGGCUCCAGCCCGGAUCUACGCCAUGUCCCGGGACACCAAGCUGAUUGUGGUGGUGAGGGAUCCCGUCACUCGGGCCAUCUCAGACUACACCCAGACGCUGUCCAAGAAGCCGGACAUUCCCUCCUUUGAAAGUCUGACCUUCAAAAACAGGACUACGGGUCUGAUCGACACCUCGUGGAGCGCCAUCCAGAUCGGCAUCUACGCCAAGCAUCUGGACAACUGGCUGCAGUACUUUCCCAUGCGUCAGAUUCUGUUCGUGAGUGGAGAGCGGCUGAUCAGCGAUCCGGCCGGAGAGCUGGGCCGCGUGCAGGACUUCCUGGGGCUCAAAAGGAUCAUCACAGACAAACACUUCUACUUCAACCAGACCAAGGGCUUCCCCUGCCUCAAGAAGGCCGAGGGAAGCAGCAAACCCCACUGCCUGGGCAAAACCAAAGGGCGGACUCACCCCAACAUUGACCCUGAGGUAGUACAGAGGCUCAGAGACUUCUACAGGCCCUUCAACAUGAAGUUCUACCAGAUGACCGGACAUAACUUUGGUUGGGAUUGAAAGUGAAAGGAAUACAAACACUCAAAAAAAACUAUUUUUUUCUCUGUAUUUCUAUUGGCAAAAGAUGUGAUAAUUGCUAUAUAUAUGUUAAAUGUACAGAGAUCUAUUUUAUAAUAAUUUAUUUUUAAUUUUUAAGCAAUUAAUUCACUAAGCUGCCUAACCAUAUUUGUACAGAGCAUCUGGCCCACAUUUACGUUUUGUUUUCCCAACAUUCCACAAUCUUCUUUUCUGUUUUUAUUUUUUCGUCCAUAUGAUAGGCAACUCAUUUGAAUAAAUGGUGCUUCCAAAUGCUAAUGUAAUGACUGAAAUAUAAAUUGGAUGUACUAGAGAAAAAGAAAAAUCACUGUGUUACGGGUAUAGAGUGUUCACAGACCAAUAGCAACAAAUAUUUCUUAGUGAAUUUCAGUUUUCUUUUUUUUUUUUCAUGGGCCAUUUUGCGCUCCAGAGGUUGCCUCUUUGCCGAAUGGUCCAUGUCUCAGUCCUCUCCUGAUUGGCAUGAUUUCUACUUAGUGAAGCUUACAGGCUGUCCAGAUGAUCAGAUGUCCCCUUUACUCAAUAGUGGGUGGAUCAAUAAGUCUAAUUGCUACUCGUGGUGUCAUUCAUGCUUAGAGUAUCCCACCGACCUUUUUACUGGCAACUGGGAAUAAUGAAUGGGCAUUUCAUUGAUGGAGGAAUCGCAUUGUGGACAACAGUCAGGCAACAUGUUGACAUUAUGCUAAUUUUGUAAUGCACGUGUAAAGAUCGAUUAGAUCUAUCUGGUCUCAUUGUUUCCCUUUGGAAAAUGAGCUAGAUUGCAGCGAGGCUACUGAUCCAUCUCAAGGGGGUUCAAGGGUCAAGUAAAGCCUUCGUAAAAAUAUCCGUGAGAGGGAUUGGGUUGAUGGUAGAAAUGUUAUGCCGCUAGACUGGAGAUGAAAGCCUUUAUUCUAAACUGAAAGAUGCAAUAUGACACGCAGUAGAUGUUGUGGUCUAUCUAUCUAAAGAACAUCUCUGCAUAGAUGGGUCUCUUCAAAGCGAACUGGCCCAAUCGCCACCUCCAUCUCAAGCACAGGCAGAUCAAAUAAAAAGAGUGUAGCAGCAUCUGUCAGUAGAAUGAUGUCAGUGGUGGACUGUGGUCCCACAGUAUAUUCUAAUUCAUCCUACCAGAUCAUUGUCUAUUGUUUCUCAGCGUUGAUCUCAAUCCUCUUAUUGUUGCCAAAUUAUCUCAUACAUGUAAGAACUUUCAAUCUGAUGCCUCAAAAUGCUUCUGUCUUCGUUUUUGUUGCCUUUUUUUGGGUUUUGUUUGUCUUUCUACUUGAAUUCUUGAUAUGCAAGAGAGAGAAACAAGUCUGUAGCUCUCUUAUCUGUUAUACAUCUCACGGCCUCAGAGACGGCGGCCACCUCAAAGACGAGAUAAAUGACUCGGCUCAGCGCAGCCCUGGUCAAUACGUUACUGUAAAACUGAUUCAGGAUCAGCUCCUAACAUCUCAAUGUUGUGUUUUCUUCUCAAUUGCAGAACACCAAGUUGCAAAAGGCACAAGAAUAGCAAUGCUGUGAUGAAUUUGGAUAGGGUUGAAGGCAGGACGAUGAGAGAUUUGACUUCUCUUGAGAUCUGAGAUCUUUGUAUUGGGUUUGCAACAUGUACCUUACUAUAACAUUGAGCAUGGAGAGGCUGACCCUGUAUCAGCAGCUGAAGAUUGACUUCACCAGUGUUUUUUAGAAGAUGACUUUGUGACAGAUUGUGAAAGGGUGAUGAGUUGUAAAUGUACCAGAGCCUUCAUUCACUUGUCAUGAAAUCAAAUAGUGAAGAUAGUUCUUGGGACGGAUGUGUGAGGUGCUUGAGUAAAUGUGGUCUGCAAUGGUUCAUUGAUUUGCUUUUGAUGAUUUUGUGCCUCUAACCAGUCCUGUACGACGCUGAAGCCCACGUCCUUUCGUUUAGAGAGGAGAUUAUACUAUGAAUCAGCUUCCAGGACAAAGCCAUGAGCGUCUGCUAGAUGCGGAUGUUGAACGACAGGGGAAAUUUCACAGGCAUUUUCUUCUAUUUAAAACAUCAGUCAUUGUGCAGAGGCAAAAAGAAACACUGAAUGCUGCUCUGACCAUAAUGAAAUCACCGAAGUUUCUCUCCAGCAUUCACAUCGGAGUCAUUUGUACAGUGGUCGAAGACUGGUCUAACAUUGAGCACGAAUGUUGGUUAUGGUCUCUUCUGCUGUCUCAGCAAUGCAACUGGUUCCCCUGCCAUCAAUUCCACAAAGAACUCAAGUAGGACAUUUAUUGUUCAGAUAUUCACUGAAUGAUAACUGUGAAACCCCUUCUUAAGACAGUUUGACUACUUGAGACCUGAUUUUUGGAAAGGUUUUAAAUGCAUAUGGGAGAAUUUCAAAAUCUUUGCUCAUGGUCAGGCAGUCCAUGCUGAUGCAUCUGUUUACGGUUGAGUUUUAUUCAACCUUAUAGGGAUAUCCAGAUAGUGAUGUUUGUCUUACCCCACAUAUAACAUAAUAAAUAGGCUAGCAAAUCUGUAUGUAUGAACAAGACAUGAAAAAAGACAUGUAAAGCAAGUAUUUUGUGGUAUCUAUCAAAAAUAAUUAAUUUUACACCACGAAAGAGCAAAAUGGAACAGAUGUUUCUAGACAGUUAAAUACUGAACAUUCAUAUUUCUUUGUAUGAAGAAAUAAAUAAAAUAUAUAUUUUACCAAAA